AGCGUGCAGGGCAGCGGGGAGGCGAGUGUCGGGGUGCACGGGCAGCUCGCGUGGGGCCAGGGCGGCAGGACUGGUGAUGCCCUGACACCCCGGCAUCCCCCUCCCGCUCCCCUUGUGCUGGCCCUGCCCGCACCCCGCGGUGCCGGGGCCUGUGUCACCCCGAGGUGGCGGCGCGGGAGCCGCCCCUGUGCCCCCUCAGCGCCUCCCACCUCUGUGCCCAGGGCUGGAGCCGGCACCUGCAGCGGGAGGCCGGCUGACAGCACCCACGCCACGGGCUCCUGCCCUCCCCCAGCCUGCUGAGGCUGGGUGUUUUCCUGUUUGCCUCUUACCUUUUGCACUGAUCCCGGGGACAGGGGACAGUGACAGCCAGGCUGCUGUCCUUGCAGGAGCCAAGGAGCCAGCCUCUGCCUGCUCACACCCCAGGGGUAUUACCCGGGGGGAUUCCAGGGCUCACAUCUUCCUAAUUCUUUUUCCCCAGGAGGGGCUGGAGCCCUGCACCCAGCUGUCCUUAGCUGCCAGCUAAACGAUAAUUAGGGAAGAAAGAAGUGCGAAGAACAAAGAACAAGAUGUUGGUGCUGUCUAACAACACAGCCCUGAAUUCGCUCCUCUCCAAGCUUCUUCAAGACUACCUGGAGCAGACAAACAGCUCUGCAUCUUCCCAGGUCAAAAGUGCCAGCAGCAACCUUGAAAUCAUCUACGUGCUGCUGAUGGUCGGCCUCUUUGGCUUCUUCACAGUGGGAGUCAUGCUGACCAACAUCCGCGCCAGGAGGCUGGAGGACUCCCGCGACCCCUACAACACCUACAUCGCCACAGACAUUUGGCACAAGAAGGACAGGGAGUAUUUUCAAGCCAAGCUCAUAGAAAAUUACAAGCUGUGUUGUGUCUUUGAAAACCAGUUGGCUGUGGAGCAGCCAAGCAUGCAGAUUCCUGAGGCAAAGUCUUCCUAGCAAAAUGGGAAAGGAUUGCAUUUUGCACGGGGACAACCUGACUGAUAUCUGGUAUGAACCAGGCUAGCUGCUUGCCCAUCUGCAGAGCUGCAGGUGCUGGCCUUGGUCAGGCUAAAUAACUGUGGACUGAUGGUGAAGCUGAUGGGUCUGUGAUGGCCCUGGUGCUGCAAAAGUGCCUAGCCAUCAGUAGUUGCAUUCACUGUUGCAUUGUUGCAGUCACUGUAAGGUCGAGGAGGGGGGACACGCAGAGGGCGUAUCAUGGACUCAUCAGCUUCACCUAGCAAAGAAAGCAAAUGUUGGCGUUGCCAGUGUGAACACUUGCAGCAGUCCAUGUAAUUAAAACCAAAUUGGAUUAAACACAAGCUAGAAGUGUUAACUGCCAAGUAUGGUUUAGGCAAUCAGUUGCAAGUAAAACCUGUUUCUUUCAAGAAAAAGUAGCUGAGAAAUUCCAUUUGCAUUUUUGUCCAGCAUAGAAUAAUAAUUUUAUAAAUUGUACAAUGCUGUGGAUUAUCUAUUUCUUUCAGAAUUAUGCACUUUUUGGAGAUAAAAUUUUAGAAAAAUAUUUCAAUUUUUUCCUGAAAACCAUUUAUGUAGAAAAAUGCAGACUUCAGGGAAAAUUUUUAGUGACUGUCCCUAAUUUCUAGCAGGUACCCCAGUCAGCCUUGCUGACUACUUGUGGUUUUCGUUCUCAUGGAUGGGGGUUGAUCCUGGCAGCAAUAUCCACCCUUGUACAGCACAUGGGGUCUAUGCCAUGCAAGUGUGUCGUGUUUUGAGAGUUUCAAUCACAUUUAAUCAUUGAACAAGACCUGCUAGCCCUUGGUUGGAAGAUGAAUUUCCACUCUGUGAAGAGCAGUUCCGCAAAGUGUCUGAUAUUUAAUCACUGACUCAGCUUAUGUCUGUGCAUAACUUAAAGCCUGUGAGCAGUUUCUCCAGCUCUCUAGAGCAGCCUGCCUCAGUAUCACUGUUUAUCUAUUGCAAUAUCCCGUGUGAGGUCCAUGCCAGUAGAGUUUUCCUGCCCUUGGCCUCCUUACUCCCUCCUUCAGCAGGCCCUGUCUGCCGAGCUGUGGGGGUAUGAUGGCAGCCAAAAUCAGCUUCUGGGGCAGCAGCUAUCAUCUGUCUCUGUUAAAAGGAAGAAAUAGGGCUCCCCAGGACACUGCAUUACUCAAAAUAGCAACUUUGCCAGCUUGAAGCCUGUUUUCGUGUUUGGGAUCAAAGAAGUGAUGGUCUGGUCAGGAGGGGGGUUUUUAUUUCUGUUCUGCAGAUACACAUCCCAUUUUUAGCUACUGGAGAGGAAAGAGAAGCGGGAAAGGCUUGAAAGAAAGUCAUGCAGAGCAACCGCUUGAAAGGCAAGGUGAGGGCAGAUAGCUAGCCAAGUAUUUGGACAGGCAAGCAAUACCAGGCACAGCAUAUCCCUUUUCCAUGCAUAUGUAGCUCUUUAGCACUGCAAUUUCAUUAAAUAUUAUAGCCAUAUUACAUUGUGUUCCCAGAAUACUUAGGAUAAUUAAAAAUGCAGAGUUUGGGAAUUUUUUAAAAUAUAUUUAUAGGGUGCCUAACAUUAAGCUGAGGACAAGAUACAUGUUUUCAGUGUCUUGAACAGCUUGGAAAAUCUCCAUCAGCUUAAUUAUCCAAGUCGCUUUUUCCUCUAGAGGAAUGUAAACCAAAGCCAAGCUUUGGAAAAAUGUUGACUUCUCAGCUUGGGCACUGCUCUUUUGGGAUCUCACUGUGCAGUCUGUUUAUUAUUUUCAUUUCCCUCCCCCUGUGAGAGUGCAAAUGCUCUUGCUUGCUGGUUCUCCAGAGGCAGGCCCAUGCAGCAUUGCUGACAAUAUUUAAACUUGCAUCAAAAAUGGCCUUUAAUUACAUUAAAACCUUGGAACAUUAAGCUUGUCAAAAGGGCUCCCUCCUGCAGCUCACUCUCCACGCCAGGUGUUUUCAGGUAUUUUGGGUCUAGGUACUUGCUGGUCACCUUAUUUUAAUAACCCUGGUGUAGUUAUUUAUGACAAAGGUGAUUGUCAGCAUUAGUUGGCUUCCACCUUUUUUUUUUUUCUUCAUCUCUGUCAUUUUAUUUAUUUAAAAAAGGGGAACCACUGUGCCUUAGUCAUAACACUUUCCCGUGUCACCAGGCUGCAAAUCAACCUUCAGUGGCAGUUGUGGACUCCCACUGUGGGCUUUCACAUUACCUUUAAAUCUUGUAGUUCUCAUUUUUCCCCUAGUUCUUCACUUGUACAAAGCAAUAAAAUAUGAAUUACAA